AUGCAAUAUUGUACAGCCUAUGGAAUAUAUUCUUGGAAUCCUCUCCCACCAAUCCCAAUAACUACGACUCCAAAUAAUUUUCCUACAAAAGAAACAACAACAAUAACAAAUACAUCCCCUCAAUUUACACCAAUUAAAUUACCGUCUGACGAGGAAUCUUCUUCAGAAAUAUUUAAAAUAAAUAAUUUAAUAGAAGAACAACAACUUUUUCAAAAACAAGGGGAAUGUGUUUGCAUGGCUAGAAUAGCAGCAUUGGAAUAUUCGUUUGGGUCGCGUUCUGCUAUAUUCCCGCCUGUUUCUAGUUUAAAUUUGUGA